ACGACAACAGACAGUAAAGAGUGAGGACUGUGCAGGAGGAAGUUGACCUGCUGGACUGUGUUCUGGUGGAUUAAGUCUCCAUUGAGUUGCUCAAUAAAACAAACACUGGUUAUGGCAGUUACACCCGCUGUUGUAAACGUGAGACACACUGUAACACCACUAGUGUCUCCGGGUUCAUCCGAGGGGAGAGCUGAGCUUUAAACCGCUCUGAUCUGGGACUUUUCCUGGAAGAAAUCUUGCACAAAGUGGAUAAAAACCUUCUGGCUGCAGAGAGAGAAGCUCCCAGCCGGCUGCAGCCUCUCUGGAGCCUCCGAUACUACACAUCUGUCACAUUUAACAUCAUUAUCCGGCCGUGCACUCUAAAAAUUAACCAUCUAACGACAAUGUGCUCGGUGAUGAGCAGAGUGAAACCAGUCCAGCGGGCUCUGGCUGCCACGCGCCGCCUCAGAACAAACACCGAGGGCUCGCGGUGCGCUGCAGCCGACAACAGGCGCUUCUCCCCCGGCGUGACUUCUGGCUCCGACCCGCGGAGGUCGUACUGCUCCAGAAUGGCGCAGAGCGGCGGACUUCUCUUCAGACAACUGUUUGAGGCUGAGAGCAGCACGUACACCUACCUGCUGGCAGACUCAGAGAGCCGGGAGGCGGUCCUCAUCGAUCCGGUCCUGGAGACCAUCGACAGGGACCUGAAGCUCCUCCAGGAGCUGGGCCUCCAUCUCAAAGUGGCAGUGAACACUCACUGCCAUGCGGACCACAUCACCAGCACGGGGCUGAUGAAGAAGAGGCUGGUGGGGCUGAAGAGCGCCAUCUCUAAGUUCAGCGGAGCGUCUGCAGACAUCCAGCUGGCGGAGGGAGACCACAUCGCUUUUGGAAAACAUCGUCUGACAGUGAGAGAGACUCCUGGUCACACUGACGGCUGUGUGUCUCUGGUUUCUGAGGACCUCAGCAUGGUGUUUACUGGGGACGCUCUGCUCAUCAGAGGCUGCGGCAGGACAGACUUCCAGCAGGGUUCUGCUAAGAAGCUGUACGAGUCGAUCCACGAGAAGAUCUUCUCUCUGCCCGACCACUGCCUGGUCUACCCAGCACACGACUACCUCGGUCAGACGGUUUCUACCGUCGGAGAGGAGCGACAGUUUAACCCUCGCUUGACUAAAAGCCUGCAGGAGUUUGUGAAGAUCAUGAACAACCUGAAUCUCCCCAAACCGCACAAAAUAGAUAUUUCAGUGCCUGCUAAUCUGGUUUGUGGCGUGCAUGAAGUCUAAACGACCUGCAGACGAGAUUUUAAUCAAAUCAGCUUCAUCAUAGAACCUGAAUCAGCUUUUUAUUGGCCAAGUACGUUAACACAUGCAAAGAAUGAACGUCGGUUAUUGCACAUAGAUAGCAAAGUGAUUAACAUUUACAUGUUUGUAUCUGAGCAGCAGGAUUAAUCAAAAACUGGUUCCCAUAAAGUGCUUUACUGUGUUUAUUUGUAUAAAUCAAAGAUGUGUAUUUGAACAGCUGUGAGUGCAGCUGUUUGUGCUUAAAAUAAUAAAAAAAAUGUAAUCUGUUUUAUUUUAGUUAUUAGAAAUCAAGUGCUAAAGAUCUCUACAUGAGGAAAAACCACUAUGAAUAUAUAUUUUUUUGUUAUUUUGAUUAAAUUAAA